AUGUGCCUCUCUUCUUGCCCUAACUGUGCUGUGCCUCUCUUCUUGCCCUCAGUGUGCUGUGCCUCUCUUCUUGCCCUCAGUGUGCUGUGCCUCUCUUCUUGCCCACAGUGUGCUGUGCCUCUCUUCUUGCCCUCAGUGUGCUGUGCCUCUCUUCUUGCCCUCAGUGUGCUGUGCCUCUCUUCUUGCCCUCAGUGUGCUGUGCCUCUCUUCUUGCCCUCAGUGUGCUGUGCCUCUCUUCUUGCCCUAAGUGUGCUGUGCCUCUCUUCUUGCCCUCAGUGUGCUGUGCCUCUCUUCUUGCCCUCAGUGUGCUGUGCCUCUCUUCUUGCCCUCAAUGUGCUGUGCCUCUCUUCUUGCCCUAAGUGUGCUGUGCCUCUCUUCUUGCCCUCAGUGUGCUGUGCCUCUCUUCUUGCCCUCAGUGUGCUGUGCCUCUCUUCUUGCCCUCAGUGUGCUGUGCCUCUCUUCUUGCCCUCAAUGUGCUGUGCCUCUCUUCUUGCCCUAAGUGUGCUGUGCCUCUCUUCUUGCCCUCAGUGUGCUGUGCCUCUCUUCUUGCCCUCAGUGUGCUGUGCCUCUCUUCUUGCCCUCAGUGUGCUGUUGUUCAUCGAGGAGCGGAUGGGAAGGAAGUACGUGGAGGGGGAGAACAUCGACUUCUCUCAGAGCUUCGAGGAGUCCGGCCCUUCGACUCCCAUCUUCUUCAUCCUCUCACCCGGCGUCGACCCCCUCAAGGAGGUGGAGAGUCUGGGGGAGAGACUGGGCUACGCCUGUGAGAACCGCCGCCUUCACAACGUCUCUCUGGGUCAAGGUCAGGAGAAGGUGGCGGAAGAGGCCAUCAAGAUCGCCGCAAGGGAAGGUCAUUGGGUCAUCCUGCAGAAUAUCCACCUGGUGCGCCAAUGGCUGCCCAGGCUGGAGAAAAAGUUGGAGGCCAACUCUGAGGCCGCCCACCAGGACUACCGAGUCUUCAUGAGCGCUGAGCCCGCCAACAGACCCGAGAACCACAUCCUGCCUCAGGGAAUCCUGGAAUCAGCCAUCAAGAUCACUAAUGAGCCACCGCGAGGGAUGCAAGCUAACCUCCACAAGGCCCUCUACAACUUCACACAAGAGACUCUUGAGAUGUGCUCCAAGGAAGCAGAGUUCAAGUCUAUCCUAUUCUCCUUGUGCUACUUUCACGCUUGCGUUGCAGAGCGAAGGAAGUUUGGAGCCCAAGGCUGGAACAGACCUUAUCCCUUCAACACGGGUGACCUCACCAUCAGCGUCAAUGUGUUGUACAACUACCUCGAGGCCAACAGCAAGGUGCCGUGGGAAGACCUGCGCUAUCUUUUUGGGGAGAUCAUGUAUGGCGGCCACAUCACAGACGACUGGGACCGAGUCCUCUGUCGCACUUACCUCGAGGAGUUCCUUCACAUGGACCAGCUUGAUGGAGAGCUUAACUUGGCACCAGGGUUCCCAACGCCUCCCAAUUUGGACUACUCUGGUUACCACAGCUACAUCGACACCUGCUUGCCGCCGGAGUCUCCGCAUCUCUACGGCCUCCACCCCAAUGCAGAAAUCGGCUUCUUGACCAUGACUUCAGAGCACCUCUUCAAGACGGUGUUCGAGCUGCAGCCAAGGGACAUGGGCAACUCCGGGGGAGUGGUCAUCACCAGGGAGGACAAGGUGAAACAGACACUGGACGAGAUCCUGGAGAAGCUGCCAGAAGAAUUUAACAUGACCGACAUAACCGGGAAGGUAGAGGAGCGGACGCCAUACGUGGUAGUGGCCUUCCAGGAGUGUGAGAGGAUGAAUCUACUCACCCGUAUCAUCAGGGCAACACUCAAGGAACUCGACCUGGGGUUUAAGGGGGAGCUGAAGAUGACGUCGGCAAUGGAGGAGCUGUGUGAGUCACUGUUCCUGGACCAGGUGCCGGAGAGCUGGACAGCCCGCGCCUAUGCCUCGGCCUAUGGCCUCACCGCCUGGUACGCCGACCUCCUCCUCAGGAUGAAGGAACUCGAGACAUGGGUCGGAGACUUCCAGGUGCCGCCGUCGGUGUGGCUGGCUGGCUUCUUCAACCCCCAGAGCUUCCUGACCGCCAUCAUGCAGAGCACCGCGCGCAAGUCCGAGAUGCCCCUCGACCAGAUGUGCCUCCAGUGCGACGUCACCAAGAAGACCAAGGAAGACUUCACGUCGGCGCCCAGGGAGGGAGCCUACGUGCAUGGGCUCUUCUUAGAGGGAGCUUCAUGGGACGUUGAAAAUUCCAUCCUGAUUGACUCUCGCCUGAAGGAACUCCAUCCUCAGAUACCUGUCAUCUUUAUCAAGGCCAUCACGCAGGACAAGGCCGAGAACAGGAACCUGUACAGGUGUCCGCUCUACAAGACUCGCCAGCGAGGCCCAACCUACGUCUGGACUUUCAACUUGAAAACCAAGGAGAAGCCCGCCAAAUGGAUUCUCGCUGGGGUGGCUCUUCUGCUUCAGGCCUGAGUUUCUGUUUUUGUCUGUAUCUCUCUGUCUCUGUCUGUCUGUCUGUCUGUCUGUCUGUCUGUCUGUCUGUCUGUCUGUCUGUCUGU